CCCCCGGGACACGAGGCCGCGCGCCCGCCCGCCCGGAAGAUGGCAACCACAAGGCGUAUUCUGCGCAGCAGAGUGUCUGUGAGCACCACGGAACAAGGGACCCAGCGGGAUGAUUUUCCUGAUGCACACCAGCUUCCAAGGAGACGGCUGCGUCAGAGGUUUGCGAAGAGUCCUCCUCGUGUAGAGAGUAAGGAGAUCCACAAACUUGAUGUCAGGAAAUCACCACGUCUUGCCAAGCUGCUGAAUCCAUACUCAAUGGUCAGCACUGUUUCCGAUUGGCAAGAACACAGUGGAACUAAGACAGAGGUGCAGGUGGAUGAGAGCUGUGAGCCAGCAGUGGUUAAACAGAAUGACACACAAAGUCCAAAGAAGAAAGAGGAGACGGAGAUAAACAAAGUUACUGAAGAAAACCUGGAAAUGGUGAUGGAUGAGCUUCCAAGGAGACGGCUGCGUCAGAGGUUUGCGAAGAGUCCUCCUCGUGUAGAGAGUAAGGAGAUCCAGAAACCUGAUGUCAGGAAAUCACUACGUCUUGCCAAGCUGCUGAAUCCAUACUCGACAGACAGCGCUGAUUCCGAUUGGCAGGGACGCAGUGGAACUAAGCCAGAGGUGCAGGUGGAUGAGAGCUGUGAGCCAGCAGCGGUUAAACAGAAUGACACACAAAGUCCAAAGAAGAAAGAGGAGACGGAGACAAACAAAGUUACUGAAGAAAACCUGGAAAUGGUGAUGGAUGAGGGUGACGUUUCACGGCAAUCACCGCGUGUCACUGACAGUGGCCCCGUGCCUGAGCGCGAGUCUUGGUCAGCAAACGCCACCUACAACAACGAGCUGGACAGUGAAAGUAAUGCGGAUGCUGCCACAGGCACAGACUCCAAGACGAGCUUCUCCGAGAAGGAAAUCCAGACUGUGAUUUGGAAAAUCGUCAUCGGAGCUGAGGAGCAAUUGAAAGCCAAAGCCUCAGAAACAAAAUUGUUGCGAGAUGCCUCCCCCAGGAAGACUGGGCCUGCCGAUUCCCCCAGGGUGACUGGGCCUGCAGCCUCCCCCAGGGUGCAUGGAUCUGCCGAUUCCCCCAGGGUGACUGGACCUGCGGCCUCCCCCAGGGCAACUGGGGCCACAGCCGCCAACAGGAAGUCCCUGGAUACUGUUGGCAAAAGUACAUCUCUAAUCAAAACUUGGAAUUUCAGGAGUAAAAAUCAUAAAUCGGACGAUGCACUAUCAAACGUUAACGAUGAAAAUGAGGCAGAACCUCUGACUCCAAGUGUAGGAGACUUGGAGGGAAUGGAACUGAAAAUGCAGACAAUUGAGAAGGCUGAGGUAAAGGAGGACGAUAAGGUCAUCGAAGAAGCAAAUGAGCAGGCGACCGAAAUUCCAGAAGAACUGAGCGGAGAAACAAAAGAGAAUCACGUGGGAAAACAUAAGGAGGUAACCAAAUCAGGUCACCACCUGAUUGUGAGUAACCUGGAUUCCUCAAGGAGCUUUGGUGAGCUGCAAAUUGCCAUCAUCAGCUUCUUCGUGCGGAAAAGAUUGUCGGUCACUUCAAUUGGGAUCAUGAAAUCCAGAAAACGUGGCCGUGUAACAUUUCUCACCAAAAACGAUUUAAACCAAGCGUUGCGGAAUAAUGGCGAGGAAUUGUUGGGCCACGCCUUGCGGUUGCAUCGGCCGGAGAAGAUUCAGGGACCUUUGACAACUGCCCCUGGGAAGAAACAACUGCCAAUGGACUUGGACCAAGGCUCCGUGAUUCGGACAAAGAAGAAAAGAGUUCAUAGGUCGUCAGUUUUAUUUAGCACGAGCAGGAGGUGUUCAGCAUGUCUCAUAAAGAAGAGAAUCUCACGAGUGGCUGCAACUAAGAAAAGCAGGAAGAUUUCGGCAUCUCCAAUCACGACGAAAACAAUGAUACAAGGAGAGAAAAGAGAAGAGGAAAGAUCCCCUGUCCCUCCGUCUCAGCAGAAGAAAAGAAAACUGGACGAAGAAGUGCUUUUAGAUGAGAGAAAGGACAAAGCAGCUGGGCUUGCGAAGAAAAAGAAGAAGAAAAUGGAAAAAGCUGCGCUAAAGGAGGGAAGAGAAGAAGAGAAAGAGGACGCCGUCCCUCCACCAAAGAAGAAAAAGAAGAAACAUCAGGAGAAAGGUUCUUCUGCCGAGGAUCUUUUCAACGAAGAAAGGGAAGAAGUGAAAACGGACGCUGCCUUGCCACCAAUGAAGAAAAAGAAGAACAUUCUGGGGAAUGUUACUGUAAAUGGGGAAAGAGAAGCGGUGGAAGACCGUGCUGAACUGCGAAAGCCGGAGAAAAAGAAACACCAAAAUAAAACUUCCUGGUGUCUCCUUCUGCAGAAAAUUGGAUUUCAGGCAAAAAAAUCAAAGAUGAAGGCAGCCAUUGAAAACUUUCUAAAUGAAAGUUCACUUAGCUACAAGAAGAUUGUGCUCUAUCCUUCCAGGUGCUCCGCCUACGUUGAGCUGUACUGUAAAGAGGAUCUGAACAAGGCAUUUGAACUGGACGCACGCAAAAUCUUUGGGCAAGCAGUGAAGCUGAACAAAGUGGAGAAGCUAGGAACACUGAAGGGAGGUGAUUGCAGGACGCUCUGCAUUAAAAGUCUUCCAAGUGAAGUCUCUGCCAAGAACCUGAAAAAAAACAGUUGGAGCAAGUUGCCGGUAUUUGGAUACAGGAGAAUCAGAAAAACAGCAAGAGGUCUGCCUUAGUUGCGUUUAAGACCAGUGAAGAUGCGGAUGAUGCCCUCAGUAAAUGUGAAAUUGAAUGCAAGGGAAAUCCAAUUCGAUUGCAACCUGUGCUUCAGAAGAACAAAG